AUGAGUUGGAAAUUGACCAAGAAACUCAAGGAGACCCACCUUGCGCCGCUCGCCAAUACCUUUAGUCGCUCGUCCUCCACAUCAACCAUAGUCGGCGGUGAGCAGACGCCGAAGGGCACGAGCAGCACCGCCCUCUCAGACUCAAAAGACCCCAAUGGCAUCGCCGCCUCCGAAGCAAAUGCUGCCCCUCCUCCACCGCCCCUCCACCCUGGUAUCCUCAUAGUGACUCUCCAUGAGGGCAAAGGCUUUUCGCUCCCACCAGGCGCAGAACAGCAUUUCCAAGGUGGUGGACAUCAUCAGGGUUCGCUAUCGCAAGGAGGUGGUUUCUCUGUGGCGGGGUCUAUGCGGCCUGGCUCAUCAUCACGAAAUCAGGUGGCCGGCUCUUACUCUGCAAACCGACCACAGUCCGCUGCUGGCAGCAUCAACGCGGUUCCCACUAUUCAUGGACGCUACUCUUCCAAAUACCUCCCAUACGCACUUGUCGAUUUCGAUAAGCAGCAGGUAUUCAUCAAUGCGGUCUCGGGAACUCCCGAGAACCCGCUUUGGGCUGGAGGGAACACGCAGUAUAAGUUCGAUGUUUCUCGAACUACCGAUAUUAGCUUGUCACUAUACAUCCGCAACCCAUCUGCCCCACCGAACGCAGGCCGAACAGACGAUAUCUUCAUUGGAAAGUGCCAUGUCCGUCCAAGGUUCGAAGAGUCACAGGCUGCCGAUGCGGCUGCGAAGAAGGAAACUGGCCAAGGGCAGAUUGGUGCCGAAUGGCUGGAGCUGCAAUAUGGUUCUGGUUCCAUGAAAGUUGGCGUGAACUUUGUGGAAACCCAAAAAGACAAGCUUUCCAUCGACGACUUCGAAUUGCUCAAGGUCGUCGGUAAAGGCAGCUUUGGCAAGGUCAUGCAGGUUAUGAAAAAGGACACACACCGGAUCUAUGCCCUAAAGACUAUCCGCAAGGCGCACAUUAUCUCUCGUUCGGAAGUCGCGCACACCUUAGCAGAGCGUUCCGUUCUGGCGCAGAUCAACAACCCGUUCAUCGUACCACUCAAGUUCUCCUUCCAGUCGCCUGAGAAGCUGUACUUUGUUCUCGCCUUCGUAAAUGGCGGCGAGCUCUUCCACCACCUGCAGAAGGAACAGCGUUUCGACAUUAAUCGUGCUCGAUUUUACGCAGCAGAACUUCUGUGCGCCUUGGAGUGCUUGCAUGGUUUCAAUGUCAUCUAUCGUGACCUGAAACCCGAGAACAUCCUUCUCGAUUACACUGGACACAUUGCUUUGUGUGAUUUUGGCCUUUGCAAACUGGACAUGAAAGACGAAGACCGGACUAAUACAUUCUGUGGAACUCCAGAGUACCUCGCUCCUGAACUACUCACUGGAGCCGGCUACACUAAGACUGUCGAUUGGUGGACACUUGGUGUUCUUUUGUACGAGAUGCUGACAGGUCUGCCGCCAUUCUACGACGAGAAUACCAACGACAUGUACAGAAAGAUUCUCACAGAGCCUCUGCACUUCCCUGGACCCGAGAUUGUGCCACCGGCGGCGCGAGACUUGCUAACCCGUCUCCUUGACCGCAAUGCCGAGAAGCGUCUUGGUGCUAAGGGUGCGGCGGAGAUCAAGGCACACUACUUCUUCCACAGCAUAGAUUGGCGGAAGCUGCUGGAGCGGAAGUACGAGCCUAGCUUCAAGCCCAACGUGGCUGAUGCUAAGGACACGGACAACUUUGAUGCGGAGUUCACCCGCGAAGCCCCCACCGACUCGUAUGUGGAUGGGCCAAUGCUUUCUCAGACGAUGCAGCAGCAGUUUGCCGGUUGGUCGUACAACCGCCCAGUUGCAGGUCUCGGCGAUGCGGGUGGCUCAGUCAAAGAUCCCUCGUUUGAAGAUGCAACACGGUAG